AUUUGGGGAAAAUAACUAUGACCAAAUGCGUCGUUUGCCCUAAAGGAGCCUCAGCAUUCUCUUCAGGCACUCGCUUUUCCUCUUCUUCCCAGAACCUUCCAACCAACAUUUUCUUCAAUCCAAGCUGCGGCAGCUGUUGUUGUUGUUGUUGUUAGCUGUAGCCGUAUGACGAGCGCAUCAGAGCUAUUCUACAACCGCAGGUUUCGAUUCGGUCGGAAUUCGGAUGCGAUAGGUGUCGGAAUUGAUUCGGACCCUCCGUCAUCUGUUGACCGGAGCAGUCGUCGCCACCGACAUUACCACACUUCUGGUUCCAAUCAAACUCGCCGAGAUCGGGUUUGCGAUCCGCUGCGCCGGGCUCCACAGGCCUCUGUUUCCCGUCGCAAUUCAAAUUCCUCUCAGGAACGAGAAUCCACUCGGCCUGAAGGAGGAAUUCAUCCAUUUUCUUCAGGAAAUAGUAGUCAUUCAGGAAGAGAUACUAAUCCACAAGGUAACCUAAGAAACAACAGGAAUGAUCGUCUUCCAGGAGCUGUACUACUUGCCAGGGAAAGGCUUUUGGAGAGGUUGAGAGGCACCACACUUUCUGCCACCAGGCGGAGCGACAGGCAUAUAUCUGUUAAUAAUGUUCACAAUAUUGACAUAAUAAUGGAGGAUGACUUUAGAGACACCAAUUUGAUUGGGCGACAAUGGAAGAGGAGGCCUCCGGGCCUUUCUCAAGAGGCAAUUAGCUCUUUACAGGUCGAACUAUUCUGCCCGGCGGAAGAGAAAGAUGCAGCGGGAUUGGCGAGCGUAAGGGAGAUAAGCGAGUGCAGCAUAUGCCUGGAGAGUUUCUCACCAGGAGAUGAACUGGUACGUCUCCCAUGUCGACAUAGGUACCAUUUAUGUUGCUUGUAUCCAUGGCUACAGACUUGUGGAGAUUGUCCUUAUUGUCGAAGGAGUAUUGAUGUUAGUACUGGUUAGUAGAAUCCACACCCAAGGUAUUCACACUUAACUUUUUUUCGCAUCUGUUUUGAGUCGGACGAUGUUGUGAGAAUAUUUAGUAGAGAAUAGAGGUAGAAAUGUGUAAAUAGACGACGCCGUCAUCAUCGUCGUGUCGUCGUUUCUGGUGUGAAGAGAUGAAACAUCAGAGUUGUUGUGGUGCUAUAUAUAUAUAUAUAUAUAUAUAGAGAUAGAUAGAUAUAGAUUUAUAUGUGUGUGUGUGAGUUGUGUAGAAAGAAUAGCCUUUUUUAGUGGCAUUCAUUUCUGUUGUGUUUGUGUUCUCUGUGUUGUAUUGUUAACUUCAACAUGCCUUUCAACAAUCAGUUCAUUAUUUAUAUGUCUUUUAAUU